UUUUUUUUAGUGCAAAUUAGAACCUGAAAAUAUGGUUGAGUUUAGAGCGUGAUAUUGAUAUUUACAACGCACUCAUUAAAAUUAUAUAAAUAAAGCCCAUCACCACUUAUCUCACACACCCUCGAUACUAACGACGAUUAUCGCUGGCUAUGGCUUUGAAGGAGGAGUUUGAGGAGCACGCUGAGAAGGCAAAGACCCUGCCAGAGUCAACCACCAAUGAAAACAAGCUCAUUCUCUAUGGGCUGUACAAACAAGCUACUGUUGGACCAGUGGACACAUCUCGUCCUGGACUAUUCAAUAUGAGGGACAGAGCAAAGUGGGAUGCAUGGAAGGCUGUUGAAGGGAAAUCUAAGGAUGAAGCAAUGAGCGACUAUAUCACUAAGGUGAAACAGUUGCUGGAAGAAGCAGCAGCAGCUUCUGCCUGAUAACCUCUUCCUGGUGCCUUUGGCGUUCUUUAUGUUUAAAUUUAAGAAUUAUCUCUAGUAACUUCUGCUGUUCUUGAAAUGCCACUAUGUUAACUUAUAUCUAAAUUAUGAAUGAAAUGAUGCUCUUAUCCAGCGUCCUUUAUAUUUUUCAAUAACUAUAAA